GCCCUAUAUCGCAGUGUAGAAGUUUAUCAUAUACAUGUCUUUGAAACUCAUAAUGGCCGAUAUCACUUCUGAGAAUUUUCCGAACGCCUGGCAACAGUGUCCGAAUAAAACACACGCAAGUCUGUAUCAGAAAACGAUGCGUAGGAGAGGGAACUCUGCUGCUACCUGAUAGAGUCCAACAAAGACAGAAAAUGCUACGUACGUCGACACAUCAUUCGUUUUCCAUCCAAUAUAUCAAGAACUUUCAAGCUGAC